UGACUCUCCACGGAAGACUGACCCGGGAACCCCUCGGUGCUGGCACGGUGUAGUGAUCAGUCAGUGCUGAGAUGAAUUGAUUAGUCUGUAUCGACACAUCAGGAUGAGUGCUGACGCCUCUGAACCCAGACUGGUUCUGGUCUUCAGCGGGAAACGAAAGUCCGGAAAGGAUUAUGUGACAGACCGAAUCCAGGAGCGCCUGGUCCUUUAUUCUGGAUUUCCCUGGUCCUUCUCGUCCAGGUUGGGUGCUGAUGUCUGCUGCAUCGUGCGUCUGUCUGGACCUCUGAAGGAGCAGUACGCUCAGGAUCACGGUCUGGAUCUGGACCAGCUUUUGGGUCCUGGUCCGUAUAAGGAGCAUUACCGUGCCGACAUGAUUCGCUGGGGAGAAGAUCGCCGAUGCCAGGACCCCGGAUUCUUCUGUCGACUAGCAACCAAAGGAGCUCUGCAACCAGUGUGGGUGGUGAGUGAUGCACGGCGGCAGUCAGACCUGCAGUGGUUCCAGAGAGAGUUUCCUGGACAGACUCGAAGCGUUCGAGUGACGAGUUCAGAUGAGACACGGAGACAAAGGGGGUGGAGCUUCACCACAGGUGUUGACGAUGCAGAGUCUGAGUGCGGUCUGGACAACGGUGUUGAGUUUGAUUGGAUCAUCACUAACGAUGUUGACGCCCCCUCAUUAGAGGAGCAGCUGCAGCCAAUCCUGAAGCUGGCGAAGGAAUCAGCUGAUCAAUCAUCAGUCAGCUGAUCAAAAAUAAAUCAGCUAAACAAACAUCGGACAGCUGACAAGUCUGGACUGUGAACUCACCUGUGAGGAACGACCAGCCAAUCAGCAGAGUUUUGAUUUCAGGUGUGAGUGAACAGGAUUGUUUCUUUCCUAAAGCUAAAAAACAAAGUAAACAACUCACCUGGAAACUUUAACUGAACCUGUAUCUAAUACUGAAAAACAUCCCAAAGGUUUUGGAACAAGAGAAGACAUGUUGAGCGUCACUAAUGUUCUAGAAACAGGAAGUUCACGUUUUCAAAUUAAAGUUCAAACAUUGUAAAUAUCUUUACAUGGGUAGAUUCUAUCAAAUAUAGAAUCAUAUAAUCCUGAAUCUGCCUCACAGUUCUGCUGUUGAACCGCUACAGCCUUUAUAUCUGGUCUGAGAUAUCUGGAGCUCCUUUCUGCCGAUAGGAACUAGGGAAUUGGACUCUAAAAUAAGCAUGUCCUGCUCUUGGACACUAGGGGGCAGCAGAGUUCAACUCACUGUCUUUGAUUGGCUGAUUAACUGAGCCCCUCCUCCCCAGCCCUCAUGAUGACAACAAAACCCAGAUUACAUUCCAUCAUCAGAUUCACCAGCUGAUGUCGCCAUGUUAAACAUUGGGAUUAAAUCUGAGUGCCUUCAAGGACGAUUCUGAACAGAGAUGAACGUAAAAAUGAGAAUUAUAAAAUAAAAUGAUAU